AUGGUCGCUUCGCCAAAGGGUGUAGCUAUGAAUAGUAACCAAACUCGUCCUUCUACAGCGAAUGAUGACGACGAUUUGUGGAUGAGCGAUGAUAUUUCAUUUUCUAACUACCCUAGAGAACCUCCUAAUAAUGCUUAUAACGUUGUGCCGCCUCUCUCUGAAUCUUCUUACCCCCCAUCCAUACCGCCUUCUUUACCUAGAAAUGUACAAAAUCCAAAACCUCCAGCCCCGCGUCAGCUUGUAAAAAGGAGAGAGAAAGUCAACGUAGGCGAAUCCAAAAGAUCAAGAAUCAAAAAGCCAACACUUAAGAAGAAACAAAAGAAAAGGGUGAAGGCAAAUCUAUCUUUACCCCCAACAACAGAACCAGUUAUUACACAAGAUCCUGACCAUAUUAUUGAAGCACAAAAUGCCCCUUUAAGCGAUUCUCCUCCGCCUCAACCGUCAAAAAGGGAGCAAGACUCUAAUGAAUUAGAAGGACUUAAAAAGAAAAGAAUAGAUAAUAAAGAAAGAGAAAAUGAUAGAUUAACAGACAAAAAGUUAGCGGGGCGAAGGGAAAGGAAAAAGAAAAGAUGGGAAAUAUUAAAAAGAUUUAGAGAGCAAACAGUACCCCUGGACCAGGCAGCAAUGGCUCAAUACCGACUUGAUGAAAAAGAAGCUAAAAGGCGAAGAAGACAAAGAGUUGUAAGAAGUGGCCAAUCCCCUUCUCCUCCAAGACAACGCGAGCGCACUAAAAGAAAAUAUCAAAUCCCUGAGGGAACUACUCUAGUUCAUUACAAAAGGAUUAAAGGACCUUCUUCAAAAAAGAAGGCUGAACAAUUAUCAAAAGCUUGGUCAGAAAAAUUAAAUAUUUUAAGAGGACGGAAAGAAGGGACUAAAAAAUGGGCUUUGAAAAAACCGACACAAGAAGAUAUUAAUUUACGUAAAGUAAAAGGUCGAACAAUUAGUAAAAAAUGGGCAACUAAAAAACCAACACAGGAAGAUAUAAAUAGAUUCAAACCCUCUCUGUGGUAA